AUGGGGUGCUUGACUGAUAUAGUAUCUCUUAAUCAGGCUGGAUUUGUAAAAGGGAGAAGCAUAGUGGAGAAUGUUCUUCUUACUCAAGAGAUUGUAUUAGACAUUAGACUUAGAACUAAAUCUGCUAAUGUUGUUAUGAAAUUGGAUAUGGCAAAGGCCUAUGAUAGGGUUUCAUGGAUUUUUCUAAUGAAAGUUCUAAGAAAGAUUGGUUUUUCAGAGUUGGUGAUAGACAUGAUUUUCAGACUGGUUAGUAGCAACUGGGGGGUUAAACAAGGAGAUCCUUUAUCUCCUACAUUGUUUAUUCUGACUGCAGAAGUUAUGUCAACGAAUCUCAAUGCUCUGAACUUAAUUCGUCAAUUUGAAGGGUAUGGGAGGCCUAAGUGGAGUCCUAAGGUGAAUCAUUUGUCAUAUGUUGAUGAUAUGAUAAUAUUUUCAUCAGCAGAUGUGUUCUCUUUGCAACUUAUCAUGGAAGUAUUGAAGAAAUAUGAGAACACAUCUGGACAGAAGAUUAAUAGGGACAAAAGUGUUGUUUUCAUGCAUAAAAAUGUGCCUGGAGAUGUGAGCAUUACUGUUGAAAUUGUCACAGGUGUCAUCAAGCAAAUGCAUAAAAUGUUUGCCCAAUUUUUCUGGAGUAACACCAUAGGGGGUAAAAGUAGGCAUUGGGCUUCUUGGAACCAUUUGUGUCUACGAGUAAUGGAAGGAGGGAUGGGAUUCGGAUCACUACAUGAUGUUUCUAUUGCCUUAUUCUGUAAGUUGUGGUGGAACUUCAGGACUAAACCCUCCUUAUGGAGUGCAUUCAUGGUUAACAAAUAUUGUAGAAAGGAAAGUCCUAUAACUGUACAGAAGAAGCAAGGUUCUCAAACUUUGAAAAAUAUGAUCCAAGCAAGAAAUUUAAUAGAACACCAGAUCUGGUGGCAGCUUGGUAUGGGGAACUCACAGUUUUGGUUUGAUAAUUGGACAGGAAAGGGUGCACUAUAUUUUACUGUAGAAGGUUUUGAUGAAAGCAUUCAAAAUGUCUCAGAUGUAGUAGAGAAUGGAAAUCGGAACAUGACAAAGUUGAAUAAUUUACUUCCUCAGGACAUAGUUCAACAUAUAUCUGCUACUAUCAGUCCCCCAAGGAUGGAUAAAGAAAUGGACAGAGCAUGGUGA